CGGGCGGAGGUUGGUGGUCUUCGAGGAAGACUCUUGCUCCUCCGAGACCGUGCCCAAGAAUUUGAAGUUUAAAAUUGCUGUUGAUUUCAAGAUCGAGAAAGAGCAGAUCUUUGGGGAUUCUGUGUGUGAGCUCAUUUCAAAUAUUCAGGAUUAAUGCAAUGAUCUUUAAUUGAAAGCACCAUGCCCCACUAGGAUUAAUGAAAGGAUUGUUGAUUGCCCAUGUCACACUAGGAGUCAUGAUACGAUCUUUGAGUUCUCAAGCCCCACCAGGAGUAAUGCAAACAUCUUUUACUGGCCAUGUCCUACUAAUAGAAAAAUGAUCUAUGAUUGCCUACUUCUCAUGGAAACUUAUGCUUACAGAGGUCGCUGAUUUCCUAAUCUCCAUGAAAAGUUAUACUUACAAAGCUCCAUGCUCUCCUAAGGCGCUCUAUAUAUUUGUUGUACAUAGAACCUUGAUUUUUAUGCCAAUGCUUUCCAACCUUCGUCUAGACUCCUCACCCCUAGGUAUUUAUGUUUACGGAAUUUCGCACCACCAACAAAACUAACGAGGCAGUUUGAAACGGAAAGAAGAGAAAACAACUUUGAACAGUUACGUUUUCAAAGACUACCGUUUAUUGUAGAACUCAGAAAAUAAAUGCACCAAGGGUUGGUAAAACCCUCGCAUAUGCCCCAUUUGGAGGGAUGCAUAAAGAGACCCCUGGUCGCCAAUGUCCCACUUGUAGAGACGCAUAAAGAGAUCCCUGGUCGCCAAUGUCCCACUUGUAGAGACGCAUAAAGAGAUCCCUGGUCGCCAAUGCCCCACUUGUAGAGACGCAUAAAGAGAUCCCUGGUCGCCAAUGUCCCACUUGUAGAGACGCAUAAAGAGAUCCCUGGUCGCCAAUGUCCCACUUGUAGAGACGCAUAAAGAGAUCCCUGGUCGCCAAUGUCCCACUUGUAGAGACGCAUAAAGAGAUCCCUGGUCGCCUAUGCCCCACAUAAAGGGGUGGGGGAGAGGGAUUGGGCCAGUAUUUUCUGCGAAUUGUUAGGCAUUGAUUUCCAUAAAUCGGUCGGUACGUAAAUGGGUUAGGCGUGCAGUUUAAAUUCGAUUGUUAUCAGUAGUCGCCUGAACAAUCCCUGGGUUCGGUGUGACGUCCAGCAUGGGGGCGUGGACACGUGAGGACCACCCUCGUCGUGCCAUCUCUCAGAAUCAGAUUAUUUUUACAGGUCAAGUUGGACAACGUAAUCAAUGCUCCAGGGGCUCGGGGGGGGGGGCAGCAGGGGCUAGGGGGGGCGUGGACUUGACGAGAACCCUUUUAAAUUAUCAGCUUCUCUUUUUAUUGUUACUGAGACGCACGAGGCGCCACUGUUUGCUUGUGCCCAUGGCGCCCCCAAACGUUCACAGCAUUGUAUAUAUAUAUUUUUUAUUUAAAAAUUUCUUCAAUGUUACCAAAAAUUGUCACACGUUAAUCUCUUACAAUCCAUUGUGUUCUAUGUUUUGUUCCGUUCUUUUUUUUCUUUUUUUUUGGUUCCAUUUUUUUUUUCUUGUUUACUCGAGGCGGGGCGUCGCCUCGCUGAACUACUACGUCACCAGCGUGUUCAUCAACUACUGGCAGGCGGAGCUGAAUCUGAAACAGACAAGUUUCCGCUUGAACACGACCGAAAUGCCCAUACCGGAGAGGAACGUCGUCCCGCUGAGGCACACGGUCAUCUCGUUUGUGUGCAACGCCUUGUUCUACAUCUUCCUGACCAUGGCGAGCUACGCGGGCAAAAACAUCGUCGAAGAAAGAGAGCUGAAGCUGAAGGUAAAAUGCGACACGUUUUGGAGAUUGUUUUCGCGCCCCAGGGGAGUUAAUGAGCAAAACAUUUGUAACAGUGGUUGAACUGUAUUAAACCCCUUGAAAUAUGGCCUCAAAAUUAUUUUUAAUAAAUGUUUAAGUGCUUGAAGAGCGACCUGCAGUUUCUCUAUAGUUCAUCCUUCGGAUUUUUAAUUAGCUCUGAGCCAUGACUGGUACUUGCCUUACGGUAUUGAUUUCAUACGCCUUUUGGAAGGGUUCUAAACAGUCACGAAAAAAAAAAGGGGGGGGGGGCAGUAACGGGAAAAGAUCGUUGAUUUGCUAAACUCAUUAAUUUCGAAAUUUUAAAACAAAGUACGUCAAAAAUUAAAAUAAAAAAAAAAAGCUAGGCCAGUAAAAGAAGAACGUUUCGGCCAAGAGCCUUCCUCAGAAGACAAGAAAAAUGAAGAAACAAUAAGAAAUAGAAAUAUUGAUUUAGUAACCUGAUAACUUAAAAGCCAUCAACGACAACGUCAGUACACGCACCUUACCACUCUAUUUAGAGUCAAUAUAUAUAUAUAUAUAUAUAUAUAUAUUACAUUAAGAAAUGGCGUCAGCGGGCCGUCGAGCUUGCGCUCUUUAUGCCCUCCCCAAAACACCCCUUCCCAACUCGGUAUCAGGCCGCGAAGCGGCACGUCAGGGAUGUCCUUUUGUCAGGACAGCCCCCACCCAAGUCUACUCGACCAGGUCUCCGCAGGGGGCCGUCCUAACCCAAAGACACCCGGUCGGUCCGACACUGUGUUUGCACACAGUGCACUCGAUCGACUUUCUCAGGAGUCGGGAUGGAAAAAUUUACGUCCUAAUAUCUUCCCCCCAGCCAUCCCAGGGAAGCGUUAGACGCCCUAUAAGAGGGAUUCUACAUUGGGUUUCCACAACGCAACUAAUUCGCGCUGUAGCUGGGACGAAACGGUUGCCUUGGAGCAGCUUUUCAGGGCUGCGUAGUAAGAAUCAUCGGCCAGCGGUUACCACCUUCACCUCUCGCCUCAUAUCCAUUUAGAGUCAAUACAACUGAGCAUUAACAUAUAUAUAUAUAUAUUUAUGCCAGUGCCAUGUAGUGACAUAUAUAUUCCGCUUCCAUGUUGUUACAUAUAUGUCACUGCCAUGUUGUGACCUUUAUACUGCUGCCAUGUAUUGACAUAUAUACAUGCCGCUGCCAUAGUGUGACAUGCAAUCCGCUGCCAUGUUGUGACAUGCAAUCCGCUGCCAUGUUGUGACAUAUAUGCCACUACCAUUUGGUGACGUUUCUGCCGCUGACAUGUUGUUACAUGUGUGUCACAACCAUGCUGUGACAUGUAUACCGCUGUCACUUUGUGACAUGUAUACGACCGCCAAAUUAUGGCAUUUAUUCCACAACCAUGUUUUGAUAUUCAAAGUGGCUUUUCGUACCCGGGUACCAGAAGUGAAUGGUUGGGAUUAAAAAAAUAUAUUUAAAAUAUUACUGUUGGGUUUGCAAGACAAAAUGAGGUAUCAAAUGAAAGAUAAUUGAAUGGACUAUAUGUUUGUAAACUUAAUUCUUCAAUUUAACUAAAAUAAACUACCACAAAGGACAUCCGAACAACACUGAGUCAAAAUGGACCCAGCCCCGCAGUGCCACCAUUCGCACCCGGGUACCAUUAGACCCAAGCUAUUCGGAUGUCAUUUGUGGCAGUUUAGUUAAACUGAAGAAUUAAGUUUACAAACAUUUAGUCCGUUCAAUUACCUUUCAUUUCAUACCUCAUUUGGUCUUACAAACCCAACAAUAAAAUUUGUAUAAUAGCUUUUUAAUCCCAACCUCACACUUCUUGUACCCGGUUUCGAAUAGUCGCAGCCUUGGACAUUUGUGCCACUGCCAUGUUGUGACGCGUAUGUGACCGCCCCUGUUGCGCCAUUCACUGCCACCGCCAUGCUGUGACCUGCAUGUCACCGCCCCUGUUGCGCCAUUCACUGCCAUCGUCACGUCGUUCCUCUAAUCUUCCAGGAGACAAUGUCAUUGAUGGGCAUGCGCAAGAGCAUCUACUGGCUGUCGUGGUUCUUCAUGAACU